AUGUCGUACAUUGGGUCGGUCAGUACACCGUACGAGUCAUUGACUUUUGGGAAUUCGCUUUCGUUGAAGGUCGAGGGAGGGUUUAAUGCCGUAUCAAUAAAUCCAUCCGGUAGAGAUGUAGUUCUCGCGGGGAGACAGGGCCUGUACAUUAUCGACUUGGAUGACCCGUUCAGACCACCGCGCUGGCUUCACCACAAGAUGCCUUGGCAAGUGGCCGAUGUCCAAUGGUCACCGCACCCGGCAAAACCACACUGGAUUGUCUCAACAUCGAACCAAAAGGCAAUCAUAUGGAACUUGAACAAACCUUCCUCAAACGCAAUUGAGUAUGCACUGCACGGGCACUCGAGAGCUAUCACAGAUAUUAAUUUCAAUUCACAGCAUCCCGAUAUUCUAGCCACUUGUUCGAUAGACACGUACGUACACGCGUGGGACAUGCGGAGUCCACACAGGCCCUUCUACACAACGUCAUCUUGGAGGUCCAGUGCCUCGCAAGUGAAAUGGAAUUUCAAGGACUCCAAUAUCUUAGCAUCCUCACACGGGAACGAUGUCUUUAUCUGGGAUCUCAGACAUGGUUCUACUCCGUUGCAUAAGCUGACGGGACACAACAGCGGGGUCAAUAGUAUAGAUUUUAGCAGGUUUGAGGAGAAUAAAAUAAUGUCCAGCUCUAACGACGGUACCGUCAAGUUCUGGGAUUUAUCCAAGGAAGAAAAAUGCCAACAGGCGAUAACUACAGAGUUCCCCAUUUGGAGAGGCAGGUACUUACCUUUUGGUCAUGGUUACUGUGUUAUGCCAAUGAUUGGCGGGAACAAUUCCGUUUAUUUGAUGGAUUUGGACGUAUAUGACGAGGAGAAGGAACUGGAGAAUCCGGAAAGUAGGAUUGAGAAAUUAAAACCAGUCCAAACAUUCAAGGGACAUAGUGAUAGAGUGAUAGAUUUUUUGUGGAGGUCUAGACACUCUUACGAUAGUAAUAUAGAUGAUCGUGAAUUUCAGCUAAUUACGUGGUCGCUCGACUCAGACUUAAGAUUAUGGCCUGUUACUGAGGAUGUAUACGCCAAGGUCAACUUUGAAAGGAACAAGAGGUUGGAAGAAAAACUACCUAGUUACGAAUACAUGACGUACAAUCGAGAAGUAGGAACUGAAACUUCCUCUGAAAACAGAGACACUGGAUAUAAAAGGCUAAAGGAGAAGUUCGUUACAAAUUCUGGGCUACAGAAAGGAACCAAUGUCAGCCAUAUUGACUGGCUCUCUGGGGUGAAGAUGAAUAGGCGAGAUUCAACAGAUGAUCUAUUUGAAGAUUCUAAACUUCAGAAUUUGGGCGAAGAAGUGAGUGCCCUUGGACGCAAAUUCCCAAAGGUCGUAUUUGAAAAGAUAUCAGUUUCUACCGGUGAAUUAACAUUAACAUUGAACGGACCUUGGGUCGAGGAUAAUCCCGACGAAUACAUAUUUUUAAGAAUUGCAGUGAAGUUUCCUCAAACGUAUCCAGCUAAGGGAACAGCACCGCGAUUCAUGAUUGAGGAGAAUGAUAAACUCAAAAGAACAAAGGAGCAGGAGAUUCUAGCAAUGCUGAAGGAAAUUGGAACGAAGUAUACAGACCAAAACCAAUACUGUCUAGAACCGUGCCUACGCUUUCUUUUGGGUGAAGCUGUCAAUUUAGAUGAUAUAGGGACGAUAGACGACCAACCGUUACUUAAUUUUGACAUAGCAGACCACAUUGGCUUUGAAGAGUUUUCUUCUGUAUCGGAUGAAGAAAACGAUUCUCAUAUAAUUGAGUCCUCAUCUUCUGAUUCUGGCUCUGACUUAGCGAAGGACCCUUUCGGUGAGCAGUCAGAGCUAAAAGAUAGUUUUGGGCGCAAUACUGCAUUUGAUAGUACCCCGAUUCCAAACCAAUGUGGCGCAUUUUGGACCCCAACUGGACAGUUGCUUUGCUUUUUCCCAGCUGAAAGUAAGCUAGACAAAAUAACCCACAAGAAUUUGAAGUUAACACAAAAGGCGCUAAAUCAUAGACACAGAAACAGAAAACAGGAGCCACACGAGAUCUUUGCUGAAUCUAACAUUACAGAAACAGAUGAAAAACCAAAAAGGUACGUGGAUACUCUUUCAGCUAACGGAACCUCCAAUGCAGAUGGAAGCGACUCUUCUGAAGAAGAAGUAUCAUCUUCGGAUAGCUUCGAUAGCUUCGCAAAUGACUGGAACGAUAUUAUUGGUAAUGAUAUAGUGGUAAGAACAAAACUGCCAAUGCUGUACAAUAGCGUAACGAAGAAACUGGGGUCUCUACCAGCUGAGAGUGUAGCGGGGGAGUCAACCAAAAAGGUCAAAAACAUUAUCAUCCAAAAAGAUUUCCAUGAGCUUAUCCCUGAUGAUAAAUCUCUGGCUUUGGAAUAUGAGGUGAUGGGUGAACUUCCAGAAGACAUGGCUCGUCACAAUGCGCUGGUCGCUGAAAGACACGGCUAUUUAGAAAUAAGUCAUUGUUGGCAGAUUUUGUCUGAUUUACUGCUAGGCGAGAGGAACAACGAUCCCUAUACUUUGAUCUGGGAUAACCAUCCGAUGUGCAUUCAAUGGUUUGUAAAAGAAACUUUGAAGUAUUUUGAGCUGGAGAAUAAUUUGCAGAUGCUUGCUACUCUAUGCUGUGUUCUUGCCUCGCCAAGGAAAACGGAUAGGAAAUCUUACGACGACUUAGAGGAUAUACCGAAAGUUGUCGAAAACAUAAUAACCUUCCAGGACAGCGAAUCCCCACCAGACAGCAGAAAUAUCGAUACUGUCUCUUUAUUCUCCAAUAGUAACACUAUUGGACAGGGUAGUCACGAACAGUAUAGAUUGCCCAAGUUUUCCAAAUCGACGGAAGCAAUCUCCAUCCGAUCUGGGGAGCGUCACAGCAGCUUACAUCCAAUCACAAGCAAUGGUCGCAUAAGUUCAAGCAAACUUACACAGAGAAAUAAAAGACUCUCGAAUAAUAGUAGUCAGCAACAGCAACAGCAAUACCUACAAAGAUCCACCAGCCAGUCUCGCAUGCCAAGUAUUAAAAUUGAGCUGAUUGGGGAUGAGAUUUUGGAAGUCGCCAAGAAUCCAAACCGUGAGAUCUUAGACCCCAGUGAGGUUGGAAGAUUCAAGAAAUACGUCUACCAGUACGCAAAACUGUUAUUUCAAUGGGGUCUUCCGAUCGAAAGAGCGCAGAUAUUGAAAGUAAGCUUGGAGGCUUUAUCAACAGAUCAUACUUCGAAGAAAUUCAAUACGAGCGGAAGUGGGACCACUGAGAGAAAUGAACUCAACAGCGUAGCUGUAUGCUGGUUGGGGAACACAUCUGGAACCCUCAUAUUUAGGAGCUGCUCCUACUGUAACUUGAGAGUUAAGGGAGAUGCCUUUAUCUGCGGUAAUUGCCAGCACGUGCUACACGCAAAAUGUGCCAGGCAAUGGUGGACCGUUGGUGACGAGUGCCCAAGUGGUUGUGGUUGCUCAUGUCCAAACCUGUUUGAUGUGCGAUAA